CAGGAAGUUGCAUCACACGAUCCAGUCUAGAUCCAACUGGUGGUCGGUGCAUACAAGCGAGAGUGCAAGACCUACGAUCGUCGAGUCAAGAGCAUCGAACACAUGGAGGAGACGAAACCCAAGAAGGUUCGCGCCGGCGACGAAUCCGCGAUCGAUUCGAACAGCCAGUAUGCAGCUGCGUAUUUAAAAACCGGCACCACGAGCGGUGUCAUGUACGAGCUGAAAAUCCUGACUUCAGUCGCAUGGAAGCUGAUGUGCAGUAACGAUGCGAGUAUCGACAAGUGGUGGUUAGCCACGGAGGUGGCUAACGCGCGGGGAUUUCAUGAUCUAGUCUUGAAAUACUCCACUAAUGGCAAACCAAACGGGAGCACCUCCGAUGGAAAGUACAUGUAUCGUUUCAUGCAAAUUAGACACAAGAAGUCGAUGCACAAUGCCAAGUUCAAGAAAUGUCAUUUAACAUCUAUGCACAAGCUUCAUCGUCAGGGCAGCCUGAUUUACCUAUUCAAGUCUUAUGUAAACAUGCUCGACACCUACGAGAAGAUCACACCUGAUCAAAUUGUAGACUUGACAAUUUUCACGAAUAUGGGUAAUGCCGAUUUACAUUUCCUGGUGCCUGUGGAGAACGACAGGCUCUACGGGUUUAAAGGAAUAGGCAAGACAUAUCGUAUUGACAUAAAAGUCUUCCAGAAGCAGCCGCUUAUAAUGGUAUGCUUGCAAAACAUAAUAAGCAAGAAAACUGAUAUGCCCGCUAGAAAAACUCAACGGGAUGACGAGAUCAUAUUUGACUUCUUGAGGAAGUUGGUGUUCGCGUUGGACCAGCCCUCCAAGCCCGAGUUGGAGAAACUGAUCGUCGAAGAAAUGGGCAAGACCUUUAAUGUACCGCAAAUCUUCUACCAUCACUUGUACAAGAAUAUAAUCGACUGGUUUCUUAUUUACAACAAGGGUACAGCGCCGUAUCUCACCGAGGACAGCGUAAUGCAGUAUCUGAAGGACGCGCAGGAUUUGCUGUGGGAAGCGAAGAAGACGGAAAUGCUCGUUGAUCCAGUUUCGAAGAUAGCGGACAAAUUAAAUUUGUUAUCUCUCUAAACAGAGAAAAAGAAAGCGAGCCAAAGGUUUUUCCUUAUUUCUUGCGUAUUGUAGUUUUUGCAUAGUACAUGUGCGUCUUAAGUUUUUCACUACAAAAAUUAUGUUAUUUGGUAAAAUAAUGCAUACAAUACUUUGUAAGAGAAAGUUAUAAUAUCUAUUUGUAAUGUCAAGUCUAAAGCUUUAGAAGAAAGUUGAGGACUUUUGAUCGACUCAUCGAUUCAUUUAAAUUUCAAAGUGCAUUUUAUGAGGUACAGAUAUACAUACGAUGCCACUUCGACAAUACAUGGUAAUACAGUAAAUCAGUAAAGCUAUCUGUUAAAUAUCUGUUCAAUUAUAUGUUGAUACUCCGCCGAGUGGAUCGUUGUAUAAAAAAAAUUUUCUUUAUUUCGAUAA